AUGAAGAUUCUAAGCUGGAAUGUCAGAGGUCUACGAAGGCCUGAAAAGAGAAGGAAAAUCAGGAAGCUAUUGUAUGAUAGGGCAGUAGAUUUGGUUUUGCUCCAAGAAACAAAGCAAUCAAGCAUCACAACCUUGUUAGUAAAAAGUCUUUGGCCUAGAGGAAAGUUGGAAUUCAUGACUGUAGAUGCUGCAGGCCUAUCUGGUGGACUAAUCUGCAUUUGGGAUCCUGAGGUCUUCCAUCUUUCAGAUUGCUGCUGCAGCAGGAACUUCAUUCUUUUGUCAGGUAAGGUUCACAAUUCUUUUGACUGUGUUGUGGUCAACAUCUAUGCCCCAAAUGAUGUAAUAAGGAGGAAGGCUUUAUGGGAAAAUCUGUUAACUUUGAAAACUAAUUUUUCCAAUCCAUGGUGCCUUGGUGGAGACUUCAAUGAGAUUAGGAAUGUGGGGGAAAGAAUAGAAGUUUCUCGCAGGGAUAGAGGCAUGCAGGAGUUUAAUGACUUCAUUGAAAAUUGUGAGGUGGUCAAUGUCCAAAUGCUAGGCAGAAAAUUCACUUGGUGUAACACUAUUGAAGGGAAAAAGUAG